AUGCCAGCAAGGGUAUGCAAAUGCUGGAAAAGUAUUGCUGAUAGAAUAAUGAAAUCUCGACAGCAGUUUACAUGGGCUGUAUACGAUGCUCAGUAUCAAGAUGAUGAUGACAUCUUCACUUAUGACAAAGAACUUGAACAAUGCCUAUCGUCAUGUAGUAGUAUACCUAAGCUUGCUUUGCUGUUCAUGGAACCAGAUGCAAAUGCUUUAUUUCCUGAAAAUGGUGCAUAUGCUGGUAACAGCAUAGAAGCAUAUUUACACCAGAUACUGCCAUCAGAUUGCCAACUGGUGGGAUUCAGUACACCUGGAGUUGUCAGUACCUCUCGGGAUCUUAAAUACAUAUCAGAAUCAGAAGACCAGCAGACAAGCUGUGCCUGUGUACUAUUCCCUAAAAUGAAUGGCGUCAAUAUCCACAUCUUCAGAGUCCCAAAAAAUGAGUUCAUGCAAGGAUCUCAUCGUGAUAACAUUUGGAAAACUACCGGAAUUCCUGAAAACGAAGAUGUCAAAUGUAUCCUUAUCAUUGGAUUCAAUCGGUUUGCAUUCCAUGCCAUGGGUCAGCUUGUCAAUCAUCUUGCUGAUGUUUAUAACAAAAAGAACCACGAUAUUGUGAUCUCUGGUGCAUAUGCUAAUGAUCUUGUCACUCCAAGAACUUUAGAAAGAGAGGAGAAGAAGACUGGGAUACUUGGUUUGGUGUUUUCCGGACCCAACGUAAAAGCGGCAUCUGUCGUGUUAAAUUCCAGAGUUACACAUCCAGACCACGCUAAACGAGAACUGUUGAAACUGAAGAGCGUUGGGUUAUCUGAGAAGAAAACUAUAGCAUUCAUGUUUGCUUGCAUUGGACGAGGAACUGAACAUUACAAUCAACGCAACGUGGAAAGUGAAGCAUUUAAAAGUAUUUUCCCCAAUACUCCACUCUUUGGUUUUUUUGGGAAUGGUGAAGUUGGGUGUGAACAAUUGAAGUGUGGCAAGCGCCCUGAUGGCAGCCACCCAUUACCCAAUGCUAUCUCUCCAGAACUUUUACAUGCAUACACCACUGUGUUCUGCAUGAUCUCAUUUGAUAACUGA